AUGGCUUCUGAAGCCCCCAAGGACCUUCCUGUCCGUCCUGCCGCCGAAGCUCAGGGCAAUCCUGAAGCCGCUGCCCCGCAGAAGGAUGCCAAAAAGGCCCCUCCUAGCGAACCCCUCCCCGACUGGUUGAUCGAGCGCAACAAUCUCUUUGAGGAGCUCUGGCAACAGCACCUCGAGGAUAUCAAGACCCGUGCUCACCCCGAGAUCAACGUUACCCUCGACAUCGGCGACGGCAACCCCUCCCCAGUCCCCGCUAAGGCCUUCGAAACUACACCAGGCUCUCUCUUGCGCGAUGUGCCCAAGGAUAUCAGCUCCAAUUGUUUUAUCGCAAAGGUCAACGGAGAGCUCUGGGAUCUGAGCCGUCCCCUUGAGGCUGACUGCGCUGUUGUCCUGCUGCCCUUCACCAACACGGAGGCUCGGGAAGUGUUCUGGCACUCUAGUGCCCACGCUCUUGGUGAAGCCUGCGAAUGCGAAUAUGGAUGUCUGCUGUCCCACGGUCCCCCAACCCCUCAAGGUUUUUUCUACGACAUGGCUAUUCCUGGCGGAGGUGUUGUUCACGAAUCCGACUGGAAGUCGCUUGAGAGCAGGGCUGCAAAGGUUUUCAAGGAGAAGCAGAACUUCGACCGCUUGGAGGUGACCAAGGAGAACCUUAGAAAGAUGUUCUCCUACAGCAAGUACAAAUUGCACUAUAUCGAGAAGCUGGUUACUGGCGAGAAGAGCACUGUGUAUCGGUGCGGAACCCUAGUCGACCUCUGCCGUGGGCCGCACAUCACAAACACUAGCAAGAUCAAGGCUUUUAAACUGCUCCAGAACUCCUCUGCAUAUUUCCUUGGUGACCAGUCCAACGACUCUCUGCAACGAAUUCGAGGCGUGGCUUUCCCUGACAAGAAGUCCAUGGCUGAACACUUGAAAUUCCUCGAAGAGGCUGAGAAGCGCUCUCAUCUUCGGCUAGGAAAGGAACAACAAUUAUUCCAUUUCUCGGAGGUCUCUCCAGGAUCUCCGUUCCUACUGCCCAAUGGAACCAAGAUUUUCAAUGCCGUUCAAAAAUUACUACGAACUGAGUACCGCAAGCGAGGCUACCAGGAGGUUCAGACCCCGAACAUGUAUGAUGUUAGCCUCUGGAAGACCUCCGGUCAUUGGCAGCACUAUUCGGAUGACAUGUUCAAGCUGGACGUUGAGAAGCGUCAGUGGGCUCUCAAACCAAUGAACUGCCCCGGUCACUUCAUCCUGUUCGGCCAUCGUGAGCGCAGUUAUCGCGAGCUGCCCAUGCGCAUUGCAGACUUUGGUGUCCUGCACCGUAACGAGGCCUCCGGUGCCUUGAGUGGACUUACUCGUGUGAGAAAAUUCCAACAGGAUGAUACCCAUAUUUUCUGCACCCAGGAUCAGAUCAUGUCUGAAGUCGAGGGUCUGUUCGAUUUCUUGCAGUCCAUCUAUGGCCUGUUCGGCUUUACUUUUGAACUCAAGCUCUCCACUCGACCCGAGAAAUACAUGGGACAGUUGGAGACCUGGGACUACGCCGAGGACCAGCUCAAGAAGGCCUUGACCAAUUUCAAGGGCAAUGAUUGGACCAUCGAUGAGGGUGAUGGUGCCUUUUAUGGCCCGAAGAUUGAUAUCAGCCUAUCGGAUUCCUUGAAGCGCCGAUGGCAGACUGCAACCAUCCAACUCGACUACCAAGCACCAGUCAACUUCAAUCUUGAGUACAUGAGCCACGAGAAGACCGGAAAGGCCGAGGAGACCAAGGAGACCAAGGAGGGCGAGGAGACCAAGUCCGCGGAACUGGGUCCUGGUCGUGCCCGCCCGGUUGUCAUUCACCGUGCCAUCAUUGGCAGCUUCGAGCGUUUCCUGGGUAUUCUGAUCGAGCACUUUGGUGGCAAAUGGCCUUUCUGGAUUAGCCCGCGCCAGAUCUUGAUCGUGCCCGUCAUGCCCGACCUGAAUGAAUACGCCCUGGAGCUGCAGGAGAUCCUGCGCGGUGACAAGCUGAACGUUGAAGUUGACACUAGCGGCAAUACCAUGCAAAAGAAGAUCCGAACUGGUCAGCUGGCACAAUUUAAUUUCAUCUUUGUCGUGGGUGCCAGCGAGCGGGACGCCCGCAGCGUGAAUGUCCGGAACCGUGAUGAUCCUGCCAGCCAAAAGCUGGGUGUGAUGGUGCCGCUUGAGGAGGUCCGAGCAUCGCUCAGGGCGCUCCGUAAAGAGCGCCGACUGGAGAACGCUCUGUAA